AUGCAGCAAACCCAGUCACCACCAUCCAAACGCAACCACUCUCCUUCCCUCCUCCUCCAAUGCUCAGAGCUCGUCCUUUCAUGGCUGACCCCACAAGAACUCGCCACCAUCUCUCUCACCUGCUCCACCCUCCACACAAUUUCUAAGUCCAUCACUCUCCGCCGAGCCUCCGACGCCUCCAGAGCCUUCGAGAGUCAUCCCAUUCCAUUCCACAACUCCGUCGAUGAACACCCGGCGCCAAUCCUGGGGCUCCAGUUUUUUCUGCACACAAAUCGAACUCGGUGGCUGGACUUGGAGUUCAAACGCUGCGUUUCGUGGACGAUUCGGGAGAGUGUGAGUAUGGGUGUGAAUGCGAGGCAUGUGGGGAAGAGGGAGAUGGGGCCGAUGGGUGUCCGUGUUUUGGUGGCUUUGACGACGUCGUUGCGGAGUGUGGGCCGAGUUGUGAGUGUGGGUUGGAUUGUGGCAAUAGGUUGA